UUUUUUUUGCAACUUGAUAAAUCACUCGAAAUUUUUUUUUGCAAAAGUAUAUCCUAUAUUAUCUGCAGGUUCAAGAUUCAAUAUUAUUUUUUCAACAAGAUUGCUAAAAGAUUUUGCUACCAGAAAAAACUACUUUGUCAACGUUGUUCUGCCUGGAGUUUUUUCCACGCACGAUGAAUAGAUUUGAGUUUGUGGAGCCACGACACUUACCAAACGAAAGCUUUUUAAUACGCGAAAGCGGUGUGUCCAUUGUCGACGGCGAAUUAUUGACCCAGUUCUCGAAUGGAGAACUAACCCUAACGAGUCAUAGGAUUCUAUGGGCGAGUUCCAAGGAUAGUUCACAAAGGCAGAUUUACCUUGCACUCAGUUUGCAUUAUGUGGUGCAUGUUGAAGAAGAUGGUUCUAGGACAUAUUCCUCACCGGGUAAAGAUGUCGUUUUGCACUUAACAGAGGUUUCUAAUGAAAAAAUGCCUGGACCAGCUUCUCGCAGUUUCAGUAACUAUGUGAGACUGUCCUUUAGAAAUGAAUCACUUACGCAAUUCAUUUCGCUCUUGACCAAUACCAUUAUGAGAAGAACUUGGGAACUUACACCUGUAAUGCAGUCAUUAAGUGGGUUAAAUUUUGGCCAAAGUGAAUCUAGUGGUUCUAUGCCCAUGAUAAAGACACGUACUGGAAUAAUUGGAAUCGAGAGAAGUCUUCAAGAGAAACAGAAGGCAACAGAUGAAAGUAUAUCUAUGGCAUUUCAGGAUUUAAAAAAAUUAAUGGGCAUGGCAAAAGAUAUGGUUGCUAUAUCAAAAACUAUUUCUGCUAAGAUAAGAGAAAGACAAGGAGACAUCACAGAAGAUGAAACCAUUCGAUUUAAAGCCUACUUGAUGAGCUUAGGUAUUGAUGAUCCUGUAACUAGAGACGCCUACAAAAGCAGUAAUGAAUACUUUAAACAACUGGCUAAACAACUCGCGCAAAUCUUAGAAGAACCAAUAAAGGAAGUCGGAGGCAUGAUGACGCUAACUGAUGUUUACUGCCGCGUUAAUCGGGCGAGGGGCUUGGAGCUUCUUUCUCCGGAAGAUCUUUUAAAUGCUAGCAGACAAUUAGGGUCGUUAGGUUUGCCGAUAAUCCUAAGGGUUUUCGACAGCGGAGUUAUGGUUCUUCAGUUACGCUCACACGAUGACAAAGCUAUUGUGGAAGCCGUUGCUGAAUUGCUGGAAGAACGUAAGUCGAUAACUGCCGAAGAAUUGGCCCAAACAGAGGGCCUCUCCGUAACGUUGGCGCGAGAGAGAUUACUUGCCACAGAGAAGGCAGGAAAGGCCUGCAGAGACGACUCGAUAGAAGCUCUUAGAUUUUAUCCAAAUCUUUUUCUGACGAUGGAUGUGUGAUCGACUUUGUUUUGGUCAAUUCAACCUUUAUCAUUUGUCGAAUGGAUAAAGAAGACUCUUGAAUGGUAUUGCUCAUGACUAUCUAUACUGAAGUAAUCAUCCCACUGCCUGGUAAGUCAAAGAAACUGUGUUAGCUCAAUGUGAAGUAAUACCAUGUAAUGUCUAAUAAGGAUCUCCAAUCUUGAAUGCAAUGGUUCGCUAUGUACAUCAAGUACAAAACCUGUUACUACUUGUACUCUUGCGAUAUGACAAAUUCUUUACAAAUAUGCCAUUGAAAAAUUAUGUAUUAAGUAAAAAAGCAAUGCUUACCUCUACAGGCUUAUCCUUUACUGUA